AUGGAGGUGAUGCCAAGAGGACCUACUUUCUCAAUCGAGGUCUCGGAAUACGGUAACGAUCUACAGGCGAUGGAGAAGGCUUCCUCCUCUUCCGGUUUCACGGUGAACGAUGAGGAAAACGGAAUCUGUUCAUCAUCGAUCGGAAGUCCGGGAGACAGUGAAGAAGACAACGACGAAGAGCUAGGGCUUCAAGGAUUAGGUUCAUUGAGCUCUCUAGAAGAUUCUCUCCUCACCAAAAGAGGGUUAUCGAAUCACUACAAAGGGAAAUCAAAAUCGUUUGGGAAUUUAGGAGAGAUUGGGAGUGUAAAAGAAGUACCAAAACAAGAGAAUGCAUUGAAUAAACGAAGAAGGUUACAGAUCUGCAACAAAUUAGCAAGAAGAUCGUUUUACUCAUGGCAAAACCCUAAGUCUAUGCCUCUUUUCCCGGUCAACGAAGACGAGGAAGAUAAUGAAGAUCUCAAAUCCGGGUACGACGAGAACAAAUCAACAUCUAGUGAUGAAGAGCGAGAAGGUGUUUUUACAAGGAAACAUUCGUUCAAGAACAGAGCAGUCAUGUCUAGGAGUUGUUUUACACUCUCAGAUCUCCAGGAGGAAGAUGAUGAUGAUCAAUAA